UAGCAGUUUAUAUAGGUUUAUUGAGGGGAAUGUACCUAGUUAUUGAAAUCAAAAUAUUUCGAAUGAUCUAACACCCUAGCCCAAAAUAUAAAAAAGAAGAAGUAACAUAUGUUUUCUGUUAACCUCCAAGGGGAAGUUAGUCGUUGGUCCUUAUAACUUAUAACCUAUUUUUUUACAUGAUUAGUGGAGAUAAAGCUUAUUUUUUAUUCACAAAAUGGAGAUAGAAUCAGAGAGAUUACUUCCUGAACCACCUUGUAAUGAAAUAAUCAAUGAUAUCGAGGACUUGAUAUCCUCUCAAGAUAUCACCCCCAAAGAACGAUUCAGUAGCAGAAAAGCUGUCAAAGUACGAGCGAAAAAGAAAGUGGAAAAUUAUGUUCUUCCAAAACCUUUGGGUGAGAACAUUCCAGGCACACAAAAAAUAUAUAUCAAAACUUGGGGAUGUGCCCACAAUAGUUCGGAUUCAGAAUAUAUGGCAGGGCAACUUGCUGCAUAUGGUUAUCAGUUGACGGACAAUAAAGAGGAGGCUGAUCUUCACCUACUUAAUAGCUGCACAGUUAAAAAUCCUGCUGAAGACCAUUUCAGGAAUGAAAUCGAGGCUGCUAAAAAACAGGGCAAAUAUCUAGUGCUCGCUGGUUGUGUCCCUCAAGGAGCCCCCAAGUCCAACUUUGUUCAAGGGCUGAGUAUUAUAGGUGUUCAACAGAUCGACAGGGUGGUAGAGGUAGUUGAAGAAACUUUGAAAGGUAACACUGUAAAGUUGCUCGGGACUAAAAAACAGCAAGGAAAGAAAUUGGGCGGUGCUUCUUUGCUACUCCCCAAAGUCAGGAGAAACCCUCUGAUAGAGAUAAUAGCUAUAAACACAGGUUGUUUAAACCAAUGUACAUACUGCAAGACGAAGCAUGCUAGAGGAGAUCUCGGAAGUUAUCCUCCAGAGCAAAUUGUAGAAAGAGCCAAGCAAGCGUUUGAAGAGGGUGUUGUAGAAAUAUGGUUGACUUCAGAAGAUACAGGAACUUAUGGCAGAGACAUAGGUACUUCGCUUCCGGAACUGUUAUGGCAGUUGGUGGAAGUCAUUCCUCAGGGGUGCCGUCUGAGACUCGGAAUGACUAAUCCGCCAUACAUCUUGGAACACUUGGAAGAAAUAGCGAAAAUAAUGAAGAAUCCCAGAGUAUAUAGUUUCCUUCAUGUCCCAGUGCAAUCGGGCAGUGAUCAAGUUCUAGCUGACAUGAAGAGGCAGUAUUGCAGACUUGACUUUGAAAAUGUCGUGGAUUUUCUACAAGAGAGAGUACCAGGAAUGACCAUAGCCACAGAUAUAAUAUGCGGCUUUCCAACUGAAACCGACGCCGACUUCGCAGAAACCAUGGAUUUGUGCAAGAAAUACAAGUUCCCCAGCUUGUUCAUCAAUCAAUUCUUUCCCAGACCAGGUACUCCGGCCGCUCUGCUCCCCAGGAUACCUGCCCAAGAGGUGAAGCAAGGAACGAAACAGCUUACAGAACUAUUUUACUCCUACCAACCGUACGACCACAAAAUCGGACAGAUUCAGGAAGUACUAGCGACAGAAGUGUCUCACGACAAGAAACACUAUGUGGCCCAUAACGAGUUUUACGAGCAAGUGCUCAUUCCUUUGCGGAAAGAGUACCUGGGAAAGUUGGUGAAAGUGAAAAUUACCAGCGCCACCAAGUUUUCCAUGGUUGGACAGCCCUUGGACGAGAUCGUCAUGCCUGGGUUGAACAAACCUUUGGAGAGAGGACAAGUUUCUGGAGUUAAAGUGGACUAUAACAGUGACCGUACGAUGCUUUAUGCAUUGUUAUUUGUGUUGGUUUCACUUUUUUUCAGAAUUUUAUGGUUUCUACUGUAAUAAAGUACUCAUUUAAUUCAGA